UUCUUUUCUCGUUUCUCCGUCCUGAAUCAACCUCUCCGCAGAAAAGAAACUCCGAUGCAGUUUCACACCUGACGACUGAUUAUUGCUUAAGCUCCUGAAUUGAUCUAUCGACUAACUCAACUCCAUCAUCGUCAAAAACAAGAGAUAGAACACCAGAUCUCGGAGCACUCUUCUUCUCUCCCGGUUCCUGAGGGGAGAAACGGGGGAGAAGAGAUCUCCAAUUCCGCCAUUGACGAAUCUCCUAAAGAAGAAAAGGCAAUGCCUCCAAUCUUUGAGUACUUCGUUGUGUGUGGGAUCGGACCGGAGAUUCGAAACAUUGAUGGAAUCAAAGGUUACCAUGGCCCUGGCUGCAUGUAUACUCCUUCACUCCUCGACCAGUAUCCUCCUCCGACUCACACUCUCUAUCCUCCUCCGCCUCCUCAGCUUCCCACUUGUGUUCUACCUGCUGGUGUUGCGUUCCAUGCAUCAGGAUUUGAUUCCAACGAUCCUUCCACGUUUCCGAGGAGCUAUCCGAUGGUUUUGACUGAGGGUGAUGGUUCUAAAAUCUAUGUUAGCUGCAUUUCUUUCCGAGAUCCAGUUUGUGAGGAUAUCGCAGAGGCUUACCGUAUACAGGCAAAUUCAUAUGCUGACAAAUGCAUCUGUCUAGUUUCACGCUUGCCAAGUUUCCGUCUACUUCGGAGUGCUCUGGAGGAGAUAUUUGCACUGUGUUUUUCUCCGAAUGGAACUAGUAAACCACUAUGGGAUGUCAUAGCACAUAUGGUGUCCAAUGUGCCUUUGCCAACUCCUGGAAAGGAGCGAGUGCUGUUUGCUAUUGAGAAUUGUCUGCUUUCUGCUGAGGCUCCACCAACUGAUGGGCUUCCCCAUGCUGAUAUAUCAUUUCAGCCUCUGGUGCAGUGCUUGGAUGUUGACAACUUAAUACAACUUUUUACAGCCGUGUUGCUUGAAAGGAGGAUUUUGCUUCGAGCUAACAAGUAUUCACUUCUAACUCUUGCAUCUGAGGCCAUUUGUCACUUAAUCUACCCAUUCCGAUGGCAGCAUGUAUACAUUCCGUCACUAUUCUUCAAAGGAGUAGAUUAUAUUGAUGCUCCUACACCAUAUAUGAUGGGCCUCCAUUCGUGUGUUGAUACCUCUGCACAGGUCAUGGAUGGUGUGGUGGUUGUUGACCUCGAUUAUAAUCGUAUUACUACAUCAGAGGAAAUUCCACCUAUUCCCGAGCCAGAAUACAGCUUCUUGCGUGGUGAGGUAAUCAAGUUAUUAUACCCCAAUGUAACUGGAAUUGAUGAAUUGAAGGCUGGAAUAUAUAGUGUAUCUGAGCAUUAUACUAAAUUUGCGGCUAAGCAAUGGGGAGCGGAUCAUGACCUUCAGUUAAGGAUGAUAUUCUUAAAGUUCUUUGCAACACUUUUAAGUGGCUAUCGGAAUUUCCUAGAAAAUAGUUCCACUCAGGUCUUCAAUACUCAAGCUUUCUUGAAGAAACGGUCUCGAGCUACUAAUCAACCACCAGAGCCAAUGAUAGCUCAGUUCCUUGAUUCUCAUGGUUUCUUGGAUUAUUUGGAGAGAGGGGUAGGUUCUGAUGAAAACAACAAUAACCUGCUUGAUAAGCUACAGGAUGCAAUUGGAAGGGGUCAAAACCCUAUGUCAAUUCUUCCUUCACCUUUGGUAGAGCCUGAGAUCUUAACAAUAUCAGAUUUUGAUGCUGGAAUGUCAGGAUCUGGUGCCAAUUAUACCUAUGAUAGAUUUCCUGCAAUCAGCAGAACAGAAGAGGAAGAAGAAAAUAGGAGGGAUAUUCUUUCAGCAGUUAGUAAUGCCUAUGAGUACUCAGGAAGACAUACUCCAAGUAAGGAUCUGUUAGCAGAUGGUCUUAGUCCACUUGAGAGGGCGGCUGAAAGGGACAGAAUGGUGCUGGAUAUUAAGGUUAAGCUGCAGGGUUUAUGGCUGCGGCUUCUCAAAUUGGGAGCAACAGAUGAUCCUCUCGCCUCCUUUGAAUAUGGAACAAUACUUGCUUUGAUUGAAUCUGAUGCAGAGGGGAUUGGUGGUAGUGGAUUUGUUGAAUGCAUAAGCGAGCAUAUACAUUCAGGUUGGAGCUGUCAGCUCACUGAAGAACAGUUUAUUGCAGUGAAAGAAUUGCUCAAAACAGCUAUAAAUCGUGCAACCGCACGGAAUGACUUGCCAACCAUUAGAGAUGCUCUUGAAGUUUCAUCUGAUAUGUAUAAGAAAGACAAUAACAAUGUGCCAGACUAUGUGCAACGACAUCUUAUUUCUCUUUCUAUUUGGGAUGAGCUGCGGUUUUGGGAAGGAUAUUUUGACUAUUUAAUGGAGCAAUCUUCAAACAAAUCAGCAAACUAUGCAUCUCUUGUGACAGCACAGCUUGUGGUGUUGGCAUCACACAUGGCUGGGCUGGGACUUCCUGAUAAUGAUGCUUGGUACAUGAUUGAAACAAUUGCAGAGAGGAACAGCAUUGGAUCCAAGCAAUUUAUAAAAAUCAGAGGGUUCUUGUCUCAUAUCCAGCAACUACGCAAUGGAUAUUGGGGAGUCACAUCAUUUAAGGCACAGUCUAUGUCAUCCCUUGCAUUACCAUCCCCACAUUCAAAAGAUUCCAAAGAUGAUGGCCAGCAACCUGCCGAGGGAACUGGUGUUGGUAGAAGCUGGGUGCAAAGUAUGUUCACCCGAAAUACUUCAUCUAGAUCCAGCUUUAGUCGUAAAUGGACGUCUGAUGGGGGCAAUUCAGCUGCACAAGAGAAUGGCACUCCUCGGAAACAUGAUCUUUCAACUGGUGGGCAGAAGAAGCUUCAAACAAAUGUCCGCAUACUUAGGGGUCAUAAUGGUGCCAUUACUGCUCUCCAUUGUGUUACAAAGAGAGAGGUGUGGGAUUUGGUGGGUGACCGUGAAGAUGCUGGUUUCUUUAUUAGCGGAAGCACAGACUGCUCAGUUAAGAUCUGGGAUCCUAGUCUGCGUGGUUCUGAACUCAGGGCAACUCUAAAAGGGCAUACGAGAACUAUCCGUGCCAUAAAUUCAGAUAGGGGGAAAGUGGUGUCAGGAUCUGAUGAUCAGUCUGUUUUGGUUUGGGAUAAGCAAACAACUCAACUUCUGGAAGAGCUUAAAGGCCAUGAUGGACCGGUCAGCUGUGUGCGCAUGCUCUCCGGUGAACGUGUCCUAACUUCAUCGUAUGAUGGUACUGUGAAGAUGUGGGAUGUUAGAACUGAUAGAUGUGUUGCAACUGUUGGUCGUUGCUCUAGUGCUGUUUUAUGCAUGGAAUAUGAUGACAAUGUGGGACUCUUGGCUGCUGCUGGAAGAGAUGUGGUUGCGAGCAUAUGGGACAUUCGUGCUAGUAGACAGAUGCAUAAACUUUCAGGACAUACACAAUGGAUAAGGUCCAUAAGAAUGGUUGGUGAUACUGUAAUUACUGGUAGUGAUGAUUGGACAGCAAGAUUGUGGUCUGUUUCCCGAGGAAUAUGUGAUGCUGUCUUAGCAUGCCAUGCCGGGCCAAUAUUAUGUGUCGAAUAUUCUGCUUUAGACAGAGGAAUUAUAACAGGGUCAACUGACGGCCUGCUACGGUUUUGGGAAAAUGAUGACGGGGGUAUAAGGUGUGCAAAAAAUGUUACAAUUCACAAUGCUGCCAUAUUAUCUAUCAAUGCUGGGGAGCACUGGUUAGGCAUUGGAGCAGCGGACAAUUCGAUGUCACUUUUCCAUCGGCCUCAAGAGAGACUUGGUGGUUUUUCUGGUACUGGGUCCAAAAUGGCUGGCUGGCAGGUUUACAGAACACCUCAAAAAACAGUUGCUAUGGUAAGAUGUAUUGCUUCAGAUCUGGAGAGGAAAAGGAUAUGCAGUGGUGGCCGUAAUGGGCUUCUAAGGCUGUGGGAUGCAACCAUUAAUAUUUGAGCUUGGUUGAUAAAAGCAUAUUCACGUUUAUGAAAAUUAAAUAGGUGAGAAACAUGGUACUUCGUAAACACGGGGACGCCCCCAAUAUUUUUGCUUGCUUAACGAGUAUAUAAUGUACAAGGUAAUACCCGAUGAGUCCAAAAGAGGAACCAAGUUUGGUUGUCUGUUAUCUGUGUUUAGAGGUAGGUUGCUUUAUGCCUGAUUGCCUGUAUCAUGAAUGUACAAAAAACAAAUUUAUUAGUGUGGAUAAAUUUAGUUAAGUUGUAUAGAAUCUAGCUGCAAUUGAUUUUGCAUAGGAACAUUAUGUUUACCUACAUAGCAAGAUUCAUAAAUUUGGAAAUUAUUCAAAGAAAAUUACCUAUUAAACA